CGCAAUGAAAGACGUUUAGCGUACCUCAAAAUCAGUAUGGCAGAGUAAAUAAGUCGUGUACUUUACACAGGUCAUUUACCAGAAAUAUUGGAUACUAAACCCUCAAACUAUGCAUUAGAACGAUUCCGCGGGUUUUCAAAUCCUGAAUAUGUUUACGCUUUUCCCUUCUGUCUUACUAUGUGUUACUUUCCUACCAUUAUAUCAAACAAUAACGUUUUUCGCGCUGCCAUCAAACGUCACCCUGUCCGGAUCUUAUCUCAAAUUAUCUUGUUCCUCUGAAAACCAAAUAUUUCCAAUUAUUUGGAGUCAUAACGGCAAUGAUAUAGCAGAAAACUGUCGAUUUUAUAUAGAAAAUCAUCGUUAUAUAUGCAAUAGACUUAACGAUGUAUAUGAAAUUUACAUACCGAACGUUAAAUUCGAGGACAGGGGUAACUGGUCUUGUGCUCACGGGCCAAAAUCCCAAAAAGCUAUUAAUAUUGAUGUCUUGGUAAAAGCAGAUGUUUAUCCACCGAAACUGUUGACACUUCCAACUGGUGUUAAGCCUAUAAAUCAAAAUCCUACAAUCAUUAAUAAAGUUGAUACAACUCAAUUGCAAGAAAAAUCUAUGAUUGGACAUAUUUAUGGUCUAGGUACUUUAAAUAAUCCAAUUGAUCUAAUCAAUAAAAAAGCAUACACAGAAAAUGGAAUUUUUAUUGAAUGUACAACAUCUUGUGCAACAUCAGUUAAAGGUAUUUAUUGGAAGGCGAAGAAUUCAACAUGGACUCAUAGUUUGCAUGUGCAAUCAGGCAUUAACAAUGAUGAUGAUGAAGAUUAUGUUGAUGACAGUUUGUACAAUCGAAUUCACAGAUUAUCCUAUAAAUCAGAAUAUACUAAUCCUAUUUGUGAGGUUGGUUUAAAAUCAGUUAAAAGUCGCAUACAAAUUAAAUGUGCAUCUGGACAAAGUCAAACACCAUCUAAACUUUUAUCACAUACAUUAGUUGGAUUAAAUAAAAUCACUUGUUUUCCAUAUUAUGAUAAAGAAAUGGAAAAUAAAUUGUCUAAAUUAACACGUUACAAUGAAGAACAUAAAGGGGUUAGUUCACAAUUUAUAGUACAUAAUAAAAAUAAUCCACCUGAUAUAACUCAGUCGGAUUGUUUCAUUGAUGAUGGUAAUGGUCAUUCACAUGCAGCUGCUUGUAUUUAUGUUUUGUGUCCUGGUAAGUGUUUUUGUCGAUCACUGUCUGUUUGUCUAUCUUUUAAUAUAUACAUGCAUACAGAAUACAAUUCUCUUUGAACCUAGCACACAACAACCGCAUCAUGCACUGUCCUAUCGCCCUUGGCAGAUUAGGCAACCCAAAAGUUACGAGAACACUAUCAGGGCAUACGACAGGCUAAGCACCCCAUAUAUAUAUAAGAAUAAUGAAGUAUUUUUCCGUGAAAAUAUACUACCAAUAGUAAUUGAUGUUGAAAUACUGGAGGAUUAAUUUAAUUAUGAUCAUAUAACACAUGAGAGUUGUUACAUUUACAUAUUAUCGAGUCAUUUAGAUCAAAUAACAAAGUUAUAUUUCAGUUACUUCCUAUGAAACAUGAUCUAUCAGUGAAACUAGAAUUUAGUUAAAAAGAUAUUGCGUAGACGAUCUGAAUUUGUAUGUUGUACUCGUUACAGAUUGGUCAUUUUUGAAACAGCUAUAAAUCAAACCAAUCUCCACAAAACAUAUUCAAUCAGACUAUAGUAGUUAGCUUAUUGAUAACUUUUCUGAAGUUCUAGUGAUAAAUCUUGACUGGCUGAAGUCAUGCACAUUUUCGAAGAAAUUAGCUGUAAUCAUUGAUAGUGGAAGGAUUCCAUGCAAUAUCUUCGAUUAAUUUGGGUUGGAAUUGUGAGGUUAAACAUCGACUUAGUGGUUCUAAUGUUAAGGAUUCAUCACGAAGUGUUAAAAUUCUAGGUUUGAUCCCUUAUUAGGAUGUACGUGAGCACUGUUGGUGUUACGUCCUUGAUCUGUCUACCCGCUAAUCUAGAUUAAGACUUUGGCAAGAUGGCUGUCUAGUUUAACAUUGAAGCUAGUAUCCAUAGGUUCUAAGUGAGACUAACUACUUGUGGUAGAGAGACGAAAAACUAAUUGACUCACAAGCUCGCGGCUCAGAAGACAGGUUGGCUGGAACACCACUCGAUUUAUUCCCAAUGUUGAUUCACACUCCGAUCUGGUUCCGAUUGAGAUUAGUGUAAGAAGAUACAUGAAUAAAUAGAUGACCAACAAGAGUACAGCACACAAACAAUUAGGAAAAUACAAUUAUGUCCAAAACCAGGGAUUAGGUUAGAAAAUAGAGCACAAAAGAUUAUGUUUACAUAACAAUAACUUUGGAACAGAAAAAUCUAUAGCUGUAAAGAUCACAUCAAACGAAAGCCUAUGGUUUGUGGAAUAAACUAGGGACAAAAGUAAAUGUCAGUGUUUUAGAAGCUUAAAACCAAAUGAAAUAACGUCCCCAAAAAUAGUUCCCGUUGCUUGACAAGGCUUCUUAUUUCUCUGUUCACAUCAGUUCGGGAGGCCCAACUAUGAUGAAACAAGCGUUCCGCAGUUCUUGAUUUUCGAUGGCACCCCUAUAGCACAUAAUCUACGACGUAUAAAAUAGAUUAAUCAGGGUUUCCUUUGAAAAUUUCUGUCGAAGCAACUUUUUGAAAAACAAGUAGCAAUUGACUAAUGGUUAUAAUAAAACCUUACUAUUGGAAAAAAAGUGAAAUAAGUCUUUGUUAUGAGCCACACAAACGCACAAACUAAUUACAUUUACAUUUAUUUCAUAUACCAUGAUUAUCUUCAUUAAUCUAUCAGUUUUAUUAUUACCACCGUUGUUGUUUAAACACAUAAUCUGUAUUGAAAAUGUUUGUGAAUACAUAUUUCACUUUAUCAUGAAAACGAAAAUAGUUAGAUAUCAUACAGACAUUCACUACACGUGAGUACAUACACGGAUACUUAAAUGAUCUAAUUAAAUGAGUAAUCUUAAAGUAAAUAAAUUAAAUAUGUCCAAUAUAUUUAAUGAUCGAUUUUACUUGUUCAUAAUCCAUAACAAAAAACAUUUUUAAACUUGUAUAUACAUGAACAUUAGAAAACAUGUUUAAACAAGAUUGAAUUUGUAUAUGCCAUUACUCAAUGUCAAGUUGUUUUUAUCACUGAAUAAUAGAUGAAGAUUCUCUAUUCUCUUUUACUUAUCUAUGUGUAUGUGUGUGACCUCUAUACAUAAAGACACCUACAAACCGCACUGCAAAUAAAAAUCAGCAACAUCAUUACUUCUUGUCAUAUAACUCAACUACCAUUUGGAAUGAUGACUGAGUCAAUAAUCAUAAGGUAACAUAAUCUGUUGGCUAAAAGAAACAUGUAGAUGACUAAAGAUAGGUAGAUGUUUAUAAGAGAAAUUGUCUUCUAAAUAUCAUUUCACCCACAAAUACAUUAAAACAGGUUAAACUAGAAUUAUCAACCAGACAAAUAAGUCAGUUAUAUUAGUCUUGAUUUACGCGAUAUUUACAUAGUUACUAAGUUAUUUAUUUGAGAAAUACUCAUUAAAUGAACUGAGCCAUAGAAGAAAAAUGACAGGAUAAAAGGAACAUAACGUUGUGUACAUUUUACAACAGUCUCGUGAAAGCUUAUUACAAGCAGACAUCCCACUGCACAAUAGUAGUAUUCUUUUCCUUAAGAAACUCCGUUGACUUGUACAAGUCAGUGAACAAAUUUUAAUAAAAAGCCAGUACAUCUACAAGUUAUUCAGUACGUUGAUUCGGAUAAUAAUGCGGAAAAAAUACCAGCGUUAUUUGGUUUAAACAAGCUGUUCUUUUUAUUUAAAACAAUUUAAAGAACAGUUUACAGGUUUGCUUCGUUCUAGUUUUUCAUGAAUACAUUGGUUACGGUAAAAUCUACAUUUCAGAAAAUUGAUUCUUUCAACAUUUUUAUAAGAAAUCUCAUGUACAUUCAGAAGUUUAAUAUUAUUCAACAAAAUUUAUAUCUGUUAUUGUCAGACCAUUCUUUUAAUAUACUCAAUAAAACUUUGAUUAAAAUACGAUGGAUAACAUUAGCGGUUGUUACCCUAUCUGCUAGCUGAAUUUCAUCUAACUGAGAGAAUGCUCGUCUGAAAACAGCUAAGAUUUAAUGAUUUGUGCUCUAGAUUCUUGAUCAUUAGUGUCUGACUGAAGGAAGUGAAUUUGUUCUAGUUAUAUAAUGUGAGUAUGCUUAAGUUAACGUUUUAGUCACGGUAAUCAGUCAAUGAAUUUACUGCAACGUUUUAGUAUUUAUUUAUUUAUUAUUGCAUGACAUGAAAGUUACAAACUUCCUAAAAGUUUCCACGUGUUUAGUUGGGAGUAAGAAAAUAAUUAGAUAUAAAACUCAUUAUAUAUACCACUACAUACUUUCUACAGAGAAAACAUGGUCUGUGGAAUUAGUCCGGUUGAUGGUCAGCCAUGGGUAUGGAAUUAUAUCAGAACGCUGCAACACUUAGAGCUGAUUGUAGCUGAAAAUUUAGACUAUUAAAUACAAACUCAGGAGCUGAUCAAGUUCAUGGCAACAGUGAGAUUGAAAAGUUAAGUAUAUUAUUCUUUUCCAGAUCUUAGAUUUAUACCGAUUGAAAGUCUUAAUCUAGGAAAAAGUAGUUCAUAGCUCUUUGAUUUCUAGAGACUCUUUACCUGAGAUUAGUUUAGGAUGAGUACCAUUUUUAAAUUACACUGUGUUUUAUAAACACAAUCCAAUCGUAUAAGAACACUCGAUAUUUUGAUCGGUCUCAAGUUUUAUUGCUUUCUCAUCUAAAAAUAAUGAUAAACAUUUUCGAUUACCAACAUAUUGUUUACUGUCGGUGUGAAUGAAAAUUAUCAAGACUAGAAUCUGAAAGUUUGGUUGGUAAUUUUGGCUCAGAUUGCCAGCUGAAUUCGCUGUCUUUGAAUAAAUUCAAUAUCUAUUUUUUGAAGUUAGAAUUACAUUUUUCGGAUUUAGUCGAAACGCUACAUAGCUUAGACAUUCUUGAUAUUAUUAGAUAAGACUAAAGUAAUUUCUAGACUUAUCAGUUCUAAAAUCCACAUCUUUAAACAGUGUAAAUUUGCUUUGUAACAGUUCAGUAGUGAAGAAAUUACUAAUACUUUAUUUCUUGUCUGGUAGAGAUCUACUUGACUGUUUUAUCUAUCGAAUCUGGAAUUAUCAAAAUUAUUUGAAUUUUAAUUUACCUACUUAUAAGUAGGCAAGUGAUGAGCAUAAAAUAUACGGAGGCUCGCUGGUUUUCAUUUCUUAGGAAACACAGCUACAAUGUAAAACAUAAACAAAAUAAUUACCAUUAUUUUAUUCCUUUUAUGGUUAGGUCAACCAGUGUCUUGGUUUACAUUCGGGGAAAAAGUCGCCCUUGGUUCAUCUGCUGCUUUAUUUCUUGUCUUAAGUAUAUUAUUUUGUUAUAUAACACGUCAACGUCGUCGGGCUAAACGAAAAGCAGAUAUGUCACCUGGACAACAACACGAAAUUGAACUGAUGUUGUGAAAUUAAGUUCGCAGAUAUUCCUGAGUCUUCCAUUUCCUAUUUUCAUUGAAACCGAAUUACCAUGAACCCUAUCUGUUUUCACUGAAUGGAGCUAGAUAUUAAUUGAGAUCAUAACGAAUGUCUCUUUAUAAAUGUGUACUUCAGUGUGGAUUUAUCUUAAUACAAUGUAUCAAUUGAUCUUUUAAAUUAUUUCAUCUACCUUCAUCUCAUAUUUUUUACAGAAACAAAUCCUACUGUACAGUUAAUAAUUAUUUUGUAUAAUCUGUAUCAUAUUUCUUUUUUAUGUAACCUUUUUGUUAUUAUUCUGUUUUUUAGUAUUGUUUAGAUGUGUACGUAUAUUACGAAGAUAUAUACAUGACACAUGUAUCAACAGUGAA